AUGUUGCCAUUAAAUCCGGAAAAUGAGAGAUACAGUUGUAAGUGCCAAAAUACUGUCGAGGACGGAAUCAUUGUCGAGCUUCAGAUUUACAAUAUUACAAGAGAAGAUCAUAAGUCGACGUGGAUCUGUGAGGUUUUGUCAUCAUCAACACGUCUAAAAAAGAAAGCAUUUGUGUUUGUAAAAGUUUCUGUAAAAACAGUUGAAAUAAGGCCAUCCAGAACGAUUAUACAAAUAUCAGAAAACUCCAGCUAUCAAUUUACGUGCACGUCGUCUAUCGGUCGUCCCGUCCCGAAGAUAUUUUUGAUAGUUGCGGAAGAAAUAAACCAAGGAAAACGUUUGACUAUCUUAGACAAUCAUGAUCAGUCCGAUCAUAAAGACACCACUGGAGGCAAAAUGUCGUAUGCAAACAGCACAUUCUUAUACAGUCCUAAUCGAACUGUCAACGGUUGGAAACUAUUUUGUUCAGUAGAAGAGACGAAAAUACAGACUAAAGUACAGUCUGAUCCAAUUCAACUGAAUAUCACUUAUCCUCCUGAGUCAAGAUUAAUAAUAAAUGGACUUUUCAAUGAGGGCACUUAUAAAGUGAUUGAAAAUAGUACUGGGUUAUUAAAUUGCACAAUUAUAGGAGGAAAUCCAGCACCAAUUGUUUCUUGGACUACUUGCUUUGAAACAGAUAAAAGUAGUCUAAAAUAUAGCAGUACAUCAAUGGAAAUAUACUCAGACGUGUUAAAGUGGAAAGCAAAACCUGACACAGAUAUGAAAUGUACAUGUGAUUGUACACAGAUGGAGCAAAAUCAGUCUUUAUCCAUAAAUGUGCAAAUUAUAUAUCCUCCACGUUUGCCAACAAUGACAUCUGGUAACGAAGUUUUGACAGGUCACAUUUCGGUUUUAAUUAACACACUUCUUCGUUUAAACUGUACCAGUGAUAGUAAGCCGUCUUCAAAAUACAAAUGGAGAUUUAACAAUGUUCACCUUUCUGACGGCCAACACUAUGGCAAGCAAUCACAGAAAGCAGAUCAAGGACUUUACACGUGCGUAGCGACAAAUGUUCUUGAACCGACUGAUGGGAUUGCACGACUUGUUUCAAGUAACACAUCUUUCGAGCUACACAUUCUAUAUCCACCAACAAUCGGCAAGAUCGUUGAUCAAACUAUAGUGGAAGGAGAUGCGUUAAAUAUUUCUUGUCCAGUCAUCCGGGGGAAUCCAAACAAUACACAAAUUAAAUGGACGACCAGUAUGGAGAUUGGAGAAAAGUGGUUAACACAAUUUCUUGUUAUUUCAAAUGUGUCUAGAAAGCACGAUAUGGAAUACAUCUGCACUGUCAACAAUACAAUGGCGUCCACAUUUGAACCAGUGGAAACAGGGUUGGACAGUGAAAGUUUCCAUCUAACAAUCGAAUACAAAUCUGCAGUAAAGGCAUUCUUUAUAGAUGGAUAUUAUCAACAAACAAAUAUAACAGUAAACGAAAGCGACAACCUUUUAUUCCGAUGUCAUAUUGAAAGUAAACCUAUUUCAACAACAUCAAUUCAUUUUGAAUCUGGAGAGGCAUUAGAUGUAUCUCAAUCAAAUGAUAUUUCUUACAAUAUACGGUCUGUUGCAUGUCAACAAGCUGGUAUAUAUGUCUGUAGUGGAAGAAACAAGCAUAACGGCCAAGACAUGGCAAAACAGACACUGUUCAUCUCAAUUAAUUGUGCACCGAGACCUGAUUCUAACUAUCCUGUUACAAAGAGUAUUACUGUUUCGUUGAACGAAUCUGCUUCCCUUCAUUUCACUGCAAUAGCAUAUCCAAAACCAAAAAACGUUUUAUGGCAGAAACACAAUGGUGACGUCUGGAUAGAUAUUAAUUCGACCAAUAAUAUAAACCUUAAUCGUUCAGACUUGAACUUUAGUCUUGAUAUAAAAGCAAUUGUGCAAGAAAGCUAUGGAAUAUAUAGACUGAUAAUCGUCAACAAAUUUGGCUCAUUUGAACAACUAUUCUUUAUCAAUGGAGUUAAUUCAGAACAUGAAUACAAUCCAAAUGUAGCGAGCUACAUUGCUGUCGGAGUUGGCACAUUUGCUGUUACAGUACUUGCGUUUAUCUUGUCUAUUGUUGCCUUUAACUGCACCAGGUAA